UUGGGCCAAUGAGGGUUUGCGGGGGCUGGACUUCCGGCGUCCGGGGUCUGUCACUUUGCAGCGGGGCGCGGGGCCACACCGGUGUUGGGGACCCGAGCGCGGCGGGCCCGGGCGGGGUUCCAGGAGGGUGGAGACCCGAGGUGAGGGCUGCGACGAGGGCACGAGCGGAGAGGCGCUGGGCGCACGGCGUGGGCGCGGGCGGCCGUCGCGCCCCCCGAACCUCGGUUUCUCCGGGUAUAGCCUGGGCCGCCCCGCGGGGCUGUGGGGCGGUGGCCCGCGUCACGUGUUCUCCGACCCCGGGGCGGCAGGGGAGGCGGCGUCCUGGGCUCCGGGGCGUCUGUGGCCUGGACGGACGGGGGAGACUGAGGCCCGGAACCGGGACGUUCGCGUUGUCCGUCGCUUUCUGCCCGUCCCCAAGUGCAGGCUCUGAUGGCGACCGCGGCGCUGACAGACCCGGCGCAGGGCCUGAUGGCCUUUGAGGAUGUGGCCGUGUACUUCUCCCAGGAGGAGUGGGAGCUCCUGGACGCAGCCCAGAAGGCCUUGUACUGCCACGUGAUGCUAGAGAACUUCGCACUUGUGGCCUCACUGGGACUCUCUGCCUCACGACCACGGGUGGUCAUUCAGCUUGAGCGUGGCGAGGAGCCCUGGGUUCUCAGUGGGACAGUUGUGACACCAGUCAGGAAUGCUCCUAGGAAGCCCAGCCCUGGUUCCCGUCAUCUGGCAUACGACAGGGUUGUUCCAGCAGAAGCAGAGCUGCCAGGGUCCUUCCAUGAUGGCUCCCCUUCAGCAUCUACAAGAGUUCUCCCCUUCACUGGCAUCUGUGAGCACGGGAAGAGCCUGGAGGGCUGGCAGGGCACUUCCCCCUCUCAGGAGAAAAAACCCACAGGGGUGUCUGUAAUCUAUUGGGAACAGCUCCUGCUAGGUCCUGGCAGUGGGGAGGCCAGUGUCAGUCUGCGCCUGACCUCCCCACUGAGGCCAGCUGAGGACUGCCCACCUAAGGAGAAGGCCCUUGUGACCCGCCCCAUGCCAGGCAAGCAGCUAAAAGCAUGUGGGCGGGAGGCAUCUCGGAGAGGUUUCUCCAAAAUUUCAGAAUUUGAUGCUGGUCUCACCUCUGGGGAAGGAGGAAAGAGUCCCGCUGGCCACAAGUCUCAUGGACACCCUGCUGCCCAGGAGCCCCCAGCCUGGGAUCAGCUGGGCAAGGCCCUCCACAUGGGCCCUGGCCUCCUCCCUGGGGAGAAGCCUUUCGAAUGCAGGGCGUGCAACAAGGUGUUCGUGAAGAGCUCCGACCUGCUCAAGCACCUGCGCACGCACACCGGUGAGCGCCCCUACGAGUGUGCGCAGUGCGGCAAGGCCUUCAGCCAGACCUCACACCUGACGCAGCACCAGCGCAUCCACAGUGGGGAGACGCCAUAUGCGUGCCCGGCCUGCGGCAAGGCCUUCCGGCACAGCUCCUCGCUGGUGAGGCACCAGCGCAUACACACCGCCGAGAAGUCUUUCCGCUGCGGCGAGUGUGGCAAGGCCUUCAGCCAUGGCUCCAACCUCAGCCAGCACCGCAAGAUCCACGCAGGUGGGCGGCCGUACGCAUGCGCCCAGUGUGGCCGCCGUUUCUGCCGCAACUCACACCUGAUUCAGCAUGAGCGCACGCACACGGGGGAGAAGCCUUACACCUGUGCCCUUUGUGGGGCCGCCUUCAGCCAGGGUUCUUCUCUCUUCAAGCACCAGCGUGUGCACACGGGCGAGAAGCCCUUCGCCUGUGCACAGUGCGGCCGCGCCUUCAGUCAUAGCUCUAACCUCACGCAGCAUCAGCUGCUGCACACGGGCGAGCGGCCCUUCCGCUGCGGGGACUGCGGGAAGGCUUUCGCCAAGGGCGCAGUGUUGCUCAGCCACCGACGCAUCCACACGGGCGAGAAGCCCUUCGUGUGCUCGCACUGUGGCCGCGCCUUCCGCGAACGCCCGGCCCUCUUCCACCACCAGAGGAUCCACACAGGAGAGAAACCUGUGCGAAGACCCCGGCACGGGGCAGGCCUCUGCCCUCAGGCCAGGCCUUCUUCGGUGGCCUCAUCAGAGGGCUCACUGGGGAGGGAAGCGGGGCCUACUCCUGCCUCCCGUCUAGCCGCAGUCUCAAAGCCUGCUGAAGCCUGAGUUCACAGCUCCAGCCUUCCCUGGCUUGUCGUAACACAGCUGUGUUCCCUCCGUAUCCACAUUUUGGAGGAGACCCGUAUGUGCACUGUGGUUCCAUCUGCACGUGUGAUGAUGUUUGCCAUUUCAGCCACGGCUCACUCCAGCUGCAGAAAUAUCUGGGGGAUCAUUCCCCCAUUCGGAUGCUGGGACUUCAGUAGUGCAGAGACUUGGGAGUCAGAGUGCUGUUUCAUGCCCAUUGUGACUGUGGGUGCUCAGGUGAGGCGGGGAGAGCUGGAAUGCUGGGGAAGCAGCCCUCGACAUUUCCCCUGCCCAUGCACAAACUGGCCACCAGGCCAACCCUCAGGAUAGUCCUCCAAGGUCUCCUUCCUCCAGAUCUCCUGGAAGUAGACUCAGUGGACAGGAGCUCAUGUGGGGGUCUGGGAUUGACCUUGGGUCUAGGUCCUAUCUUCCACCUCUGGGACAAAGAACACGAGAGAGAGAGAGAGAGAGAGAUUCAGGCCUACAGAAGCUAUUUGCAGCAUCCUGAAGGCAGGAUCUUGAUUAGUGCCAACGUGUGCCAGUUGCCAGGCCUGUGAGGCUACACUCACAGUACCUGUACUACACUGAGUAGUACCUGCCAGGCUACUGUGGCUGGUAUCCCCACCUUACAGAUGAGGAAAUUGAGGCAGAGAGAGGGGAUGAGUUGUACACAGCAGAGCCAGCACUUGAAUCCGGGCCACAGGCCCAGUAUCCACACAUACCACUCUGCCCCCAUGCUCUGGCACCCGUGCUCUGGUCUCUUGGUAUGAGAGCUGGGUGAUGUCAGGCCUGGUUGCGUGCACAUGGCAGUCUCCCAGUGGGUGGGGCAAGUAGAGGUGGCGGUCCCCUGGGUGGGCAGAGGAAGACAGACAUCAAGGUGGUGGCUCUUGAGCCAUGUUCUUUUAUUCAGUUUCUCAUGGCAGCCUCAGCAAUGGCCAUGUCCCGUUGUCAACAAAGGCACCGCUACAGGACCCUGUGUGUCCCCAUUGCCCUGACAAGAGGUGAUUACAACAACAGGUUUGGAAGAGACCAGAUGGGACUACUUGUUUCUGCAGGGUCUGGUGGGCAAGUGCCCACCUGUUCACUUCCCUGAGUUUGAAAGAGGAUUUGCUGUCACCUAAGGCCAUGUGUGUGUGCACCCUCCCAUCCUGGGACACUGAGUUGGAUGGGUGGGGUGGGGCCCAGGUUUCUCCCUGUGGUCCUCAGCAGACAAGGGCCCAUCCUCACCUCACCUCAGUCCUCAAACCCAAGGGUGGUAGUGGUCUCUUUACUUGGGAACAAAAAAAGACCCAAAAUUGGAAGUUGAAUGGACGCACAUUGUGUAAAUCCUUGCAGGGCACUGUGGAAGUCUACAGCCUCAGCCUCCCCACCCAGCCUCCAGGUCCUGGGUCAGAGGGUUUAACAUCACAGUCCCGAGAGGCUUCCUGAUAAAAAUUUGUCAAACGUGUGCACAGUAACAGUCUGAUGCCUGUUUCAUCUUAGCAGACUGCAUACUUGCCAUCACUGUGUUGUGACAGAGCUGCAGACACUUGGCUUUGACCAUGUCAUUCUGAGAGUGAAAGGGUAGGUCUGUAGCCUGUCUGAGGUCCACUGGGUAUCUGUGAUAUCUGUUACUCCCUUGGUAGCCAGAAGUGUGGGGUCAGCCCAGGAGAUCUAGUAGGGAGGAUAGCAUGGGGUGGCCCCAAACAGGACUUCUAUCUUGAUAUGAGUCUUUGUGGAUCCAGGCCAGGGAAUCUAGGCUGGGGUCACCAAGAGUGGCCAGAAACACUGACUCCAGUUUGGUGGAUUGUCUAGUCCCACCAUCUCCAAGACUUGGCAGCUAUGUGUCAUAUACUAUGACCACACAAAUUGUUCUCUCAUACUCACUUGUCUCCUCCCAGCAUUGCCAGACCUUUUAUUCUAGAACCUCGAAACUCCUGCAGAGCGAGGAUUCUUGCUGAACCCACUCCCAAAGACCCUUAGAUUCAGGUCCUCUGUGGCACCUCCUGGGUACCCCACAGGCCUCUGAGCCACUGUUCCCUCCUGGACUCAUCCUUUCUCCUCUGAUCUGGUAUACACUCUGGCCUCACCCCCAUCUUCCUUUAGAAUGGCAUCAUGAGGGUGCCAUUCUCAGUCUGCACAGCUGUGAAAUGCAGACAACCCCCCACUUUGAUAGCUUUUGGGAGCCCAUGGGAUUCAGAGGCAAAGGCAAAUGUCAAGCAGCACGUGGCUCAAGUCAUAUGCAACCUUUUCUUCAUCUUGGACUGGAGCUCCUGGAGCUCUCAUGACCCCUUGAGCUGGGUCUGAUGUCCUGAGCCAUCUCCUCACCAAUCUCCUCCCCACUUAUUGAGGUCCUUCCCACUUGUGUGCUUGGCCCCUGCUAUGCCUCACUUCCUCUACCCUUCUCAAACUCGCCCCUUCCAGUGCGUAGGAAUGGUCAGUGGCCCACACUGGGGCCUUAGGGGAAUAGUGACCAUGAUUAUCUGCCUUCCCCCAUAUCUUGAGCCUUACACUGCCCUCCACUAAACUUCUGUGGUCAUGCUGAGCCUUGUCCUGUUAGGCUAGUCUUUUUCUUUUUCUUUCUCUCUCUCUCUCUCUCUCUCCCUUCCUUCCUUCCCCACCCCCAUCCCCGCCUUUCCUUUCCUUUUCUUUUUUUCUCUUUUCUUGGCUAGUCCUUAAUCCUGAAUAGGCUGAGGGUAACAGUGCCCUUGAGCUCUCUGAGGCAAGAUAGUGGUGUGAACACAUGCAUUUCACUUGGUUCAGAAACCCACUGGAGCUACAGAGAUGAGAGUAUUUAAAAAUAUGAACCCACAAGAACGAGGAUGGUGAAACUAGAAGCAAUGGCAUUCUGGAACUAGCAGCAGAUGUGGGAUCUAUCUCUGAUUUAGAGAAAGCUAAAUAUUGAUUUGGCCCUGGGGGAAGUGGGCAGAGGUUCCACCAGGCUUAUAGUGCAUAACUCCAGAAAUCCUGUAAAGCAGCAGCCCCCUGGGAGAAGGGACCUAAAGCAAAGGUGACUGGGGACAGCUUAGUAGCUAUUAGAGCACUAGCUCUCACCAUGGUGGAAAAGACAUUUCUGAGGAAUCCAUACAGUUCCAGAGAAACAAUCUAAGUCCCCCAUCCCCACCCAAAACAGCUCAGUCUGAUGAUGUGUGGAAGAGUUGACAGGCCCCACCCAUGCAGAUGCUCAGAGCAUCCAGUGUGUACGACCACUGCUCUUCACUGAGUGCUAGCAGCUAGGGAUUACUAAGUAUCCCAAGAAAUCAAAACAGGCAUAUGCAAUUUAGGACCGAAUAUUUGGUUUCUGAAAGCAAAGCACCCCUUUCCACAGUGUGGUUCUUGGCUACUGAGAUCAACUGAAGGUACUUUUACUCGUUCUGGUACCCCAUGUAAAAGGUUAGCGGCGUCCCAUAAGCUGAACAAAAACCUUCGUCCCUCACUUUGCAGUACUGACAUCUGAAGACGUGUCUGAGACCCUGAGAGUAUAAAUCAUGGGACAGUAUCUUCUGUAAAUAUGUGUCCACCCUGGUUCUUGUUCUCGAUGUCCGCAGGGCACCCAGCAGAGGUCGAAUAAGGACCCCAGCACCAUCCCCGCUGGAGUCCUUCCCGGGGUUGGCGGAGAAAGUCCACAGAUAGGGCCGGCCUCUGCUUCCUCCGGGAACCACCUGGAGGCGAGUCUCGGCCGAACUGCACUGUUCCCGCAGUCACUUCCGGCCUCCGGGGAGGACCCAGCGACGCUCUGGCCGUUGCCUUGGAAACAGGGAGGGGGGGUGUCCUCCAGCGGUCACCAAGAGGACUGCUUCGCGACUAGAACGCGGCCUAGGUGGGGCGCUAGCUCAGGACGGCCGUGAGGCCACGCUCCUCCCACCCCCCCUCGCUUGCCAAUAGGCGCCGGAGCUAUUAUGCGCACGCGCAGAAGUCUAUCGUACCGUCCGUCGCGGCCGUUGGUGAGUCCAGGGCGCGGACGCAAAGGAAGAGCGGCCGCCAGAGCGGGAAGGGGGCCCCCACAGUCUGCGACUCUUCGCAUUUCUCUGAGAGGAACAGAGCUCUUCUCAGUUGUGAGAGGCCUUUGGCAAUGAGCAUCCGCUGGCGGAGGCCGCGCCCGUUCUCGCUUGCUGAGUCUCACGGGAAA